AUGGAGCACGACGAGGAACGGACCGACGGACGACGGAGUGGAUCGCGGGACUCGCGCACGACCCGGAUCGAGCUUGCGCAGAGACGACUGGAGAGUGCGCUGGCGACGCCCAACAGCCCCUCGUCCCCGUGGUCAGCCCGGAGCCUAGCGAUGGGACUUGCCGUGGGCAGUCCGACGACGACAACGGGAGCGAGUCCGGCCCACUUGCCACGCGGACUCCGCAGUGUGUCGUUCAGCAGCGAGCCCGACCAUCGAUUCCCUGGCACGAGGCGCACGGACCCGACGUUUCCCUCGACAUUUGAAGACAACGAAUCCGAAGCCUCGAUCGACGAUGUCUACUUUGAGCCCAGUCCACGCCGGUCCUCGCCCACUGCCUUGUUGCCCCGCACCGGCGGCCUCUACGCAUCCAUCGGUGCCAAUGGCAUGCCCGUCAACCCAUCCGACCCAUCUGGCACCCGAUCACGCUCCCAAUCCCUCGCCACCCUCGGACGACGGCCCAUGCCCACUUUCCCCUCUUCCCCGCUCCCCGCACCCGGAUCCCAGGGCUUGCCCCAGAGCUGGGCCGACUCGCGCUUUGGCAUCCCCGCACCCAUCCACAACACCCACAACUUUCACCAAGUCCCGCGUCAAGAUCUGAGCAAUAUAUCCCCCUUUGUCCGCGAUGUCGGACAAAUCUUCCAGGAAGACCCGCGUGAGUUUUGGCCGGGCGAAGAAUCGGGUGGAGGCGGGAGCGGUACUACGUCCCGCAGACACAGUGUCAGCGUUGUCCAGCCCCGCGGCAGAUUCGGUCCCCAGCUCGAUGCAUUCGCCCAGGGACGGAGUGUCAUUUCCGACGAUGAUUUGCUCGGAAAUAUGCUCAGCCUCGACUUGGACGAUUCCACCCCGCCCAGGAAUAACCCUGUAAGGGUCAUGCCCGCCACGUUUAACCCGCGUGGUCCUCUGAGCGGAGGCGGUUCCGGUCUGGUCAGCCAGCCCUCUAGCUUGCCUACCUAUCCCGCCCCUAUCCAGCGUCAUUCGCCUGUCGGUGCGCUCGGAUUACACGAGCAUAAUAGUCCCCGGGCGUCCACGCUUGAUUAUGUCCCCGAAAACGGCACCAGCGGUUCGUGGCGCCAGACGCACAAUCCCAGUCCAGAACGUUCGGCAGGUGCAUUCGGUGCGCGUCCGUCUUUGGCCCAGCUCCGGACCGACUCGCUACGUUCGGCCGAGCGCGGCUUUUCUCCGUCUUUGUCCCCCAACACUGGGCGCGGCUAUUCAUUCCAAGGUCAACAGCAGACGGUGUAUGAACGUCAAAGCAGCCUUGGGUUAGGGCUCACGACGAAUACCGCCCCAGGCGCGGGAUAUACGCGAGAUCAGCAGCAGCAGCCGUCGACAAACACCCCGAGCCAGAGCCAUUUCCCGGGCUCGUCGCCUCGCACGACCCAUCGUCCGUUCCCGGUAUCCCCAUCCGCCAUGCGCACGAGCUUUGGUCCCGUCCAAACUCCUCUUUCUCCGGGUGCAGGUCCAGGCCCGAACCCGGGCCAACAAGACGCCGACCUCGGACGCGGUCUCCCGCUCUCGUCCAUCCCGACUGGCGCGCCCCUCUAUGUCGUCGAGUUCAAAGCGGGCCGCACCGACUUGUUCUUUGCGCCCGAUUCUCUCGAUGGCGAGCCUAUUCGUCGUGGGGAUCUAGUCAUCGUCGAGGCGGAUCGCGGGAAAGACCUGGGCAAGGUCGUCAACGAUAGUAUCUCCCUGGCCGAGGUUGAGAGAUUUAUGAUGGAGGGCGCGGACGAUGGCCAGGGCGGACGAAAGGAGAUCAUGCCCAAGCGGAUUUAUGGCCGGGCUGGGCCAGGCGAUACUCAGCUGCUGUUGAGCAAAAUGCAGGACGAAGUCAAGGCGCUCCAGCUGUGCCAGAGCAAAAUCAGACAGAAAAAGCUCCCGAUGGAGGUCAUCGAUGCCGAGUACCAAUGGUCAGUCCCCCCCGCCUCCUUCACUAUUUAUACGCCGGCUGACGAGGCGUGUGUAACUUCUGGCGUUUCAUGCCAAAUGCUUUCGCGACUCGGUUUGACUGCUCGAUCCCCGGUUCGGCCCGAAAUGAACGGAUUUUGUUUGUCCGUCGAUUAUGUAGGGACCGGAGAAAACUUACGUUUUAUUAUAUUGCCGAGCGGAGGAUCGACUUUAGAGAACUUGUGA